CGAGAUUCGCUCUCGGAGCCUCCUGUCAGUCUCGCUGCUUCUUGUCCGCUGCGGACCGGCCGGGAUUCAGCGCACUGUGCGGGAGUGGCCGUCGGCGCCUGGGGGGAGCGAAGAUCCCACAGUUGGAAGGAAAAAAACCUCAAGUAAAAAAGAACCUUUUGAAGAAUAGGUUCCACCAUGAAUAUAUCACAGGACCAGAGUGGCAGUUCCAGCAAUAAAGAACCUCUGGCUAGGUGCUGUGAAGCCCGUAAGGAAUUGGAGCAUGCCAUUGGUGGUGUUCUCAGGGCUGAACAGCACAUCAAAGACAACUUGAGAGAAGUUAAAGCUCAGAUUCACAGCUGCAUAAGCCGUCACCUAGAAUGUCUGCGCAGCCGUGAGGUGUGGUUGUAUGAACAGGUGGAUCUCAUCUAUCAGCUUAAAGAAGAAACACUUCAGCAGCAAGCUCAGCAGCUCUAUUGGUUACUGGGACAAUUCAAUUGUCUUAUUCACCAGUUGGAAUGUACUCGUAGCAAGGAUCUAGCCAAUCAAGUUUCUGUGUGCUUGGAGAGGCUGGGUAGCUUGACCCUCAAACCUGAAGAUUCCACUGUCCUGCUAUUUGAGGCUGAUACAGCUUCUCUGCGUCAGACCAUCACUACAUUUGGCUCUCUCAAAACCAUGCAAAUUCCCGAGCACUUGAUGACUUGUGCUGCUUCACCCAAUCCUGGGCCACCUGUAGAGAGAAGGGCUUCUUUUCCCAAGCAGGAGCAGAAACCAUCAUCUCGUCCUUCAUUUAUUCCACUUCGUGAUUGGCUCCUUGGAAGCAAACCUGCCUCAACUCGUCAGUCUCCUUAUGUACCUAGUACCAAUCCUCAAGAUUGGCUUAACAAAAAGUCAGCUUUGACAAGCAGCCAGGGCUCCUCCCAAACCUGCAACUUUAAUAUCAGUAACAUCUGGGGCAACUUCAAGGGCUUGGAAAACUGGCUCCACAAGCAAGAUAUUUCUGAGAAAAGAAUUCCCUCAAAGCGUAAAAGUUCCUUCUCUACGGCCUCUCUACAGGGGACUGACUUAGAGCUCCCUGAGCAAGAAGAAAUGGAUCUUUCUGAUUGGCUGGUUACCUCUCCCGAGCCUGAGAAUGGCAACUUUGAAUCAGAUGAUAAAUCAAAGCUUUUUCGGCUUUUCAAGGAAGAUUAUAAUUCAAGUGAUUGGCUUCUCAAGCCUGGUUCCUGCACCAACUGUCAGGGCAACCAGCCCAAAGGUGUAGAGAUUGAAAAUUUGGGAAAUCUGAAGUGCCUGAAUGAGCACCUGGAAGGGAAGAAGCCAGCAUUUUCCUCCCUCAUACCAAGUGAGAAUUGGCUUGUUCAGCAUCAUCAGGUUCCUUUUAAAGUUGAGGAGGUGUGCAAAGCUAAUGAGCCUUGUACCAGCUUUUCCGAGUGUGUGUGUGAAGAUCAAUGUGAGAAGGAGGCCUUGUGUAAGUGGCUCCUGAAAAAGGAAGGAAAAGAUAAAAAUGGUGUCCCAAUGGAUCAACUGCCAGUUUUGAAAUCUGAGCCAGCAAAGCUGAAACCCACCUUGCAUAUGUGGCUCUGUCCCUCUAGGGAUGAGGCAGAGGAACGGGCUAAGAUACCAAAGCCAGCUCCUUGUACAAUUUCUGAACCCCUCAAGAUCUUGCUGGACAGCUCCUUGUCAGAUUGGCUUGUCAAAACAAAACCCAAAGAAGUAAGAGUACAGGAAGCAAACAGUCCAGAUGACAAAGUUACCCAGGAGGGGCUGUCACCAGCCAAACAAAUGCGACCUAAUCCCACGACCAUUUGGCACUGUCCAAUUAAUGCAGCUGAUUGGAUAUUGCCUUCAAAGAACACAGGAAGCUCUAGCCAGCCCCCUGGGGAAGACAAGUGGUUACUUCGAAAGAAGGCCCAGGAAGCAUUCCUCAGUUCACCCCUACAUGAAGAACAUCCCUUUCCCCAAGACCAUUAUGGCCUGCCAGCAGUUUGUGAUCUUUUUGCCUGUAUGCAGCUUAAAGUCGACAAAGACAAGUGGUUGUAUCGAACCCCUGUCCAGAUAUGAGGAAACAAACACUAGAAACCAAGGAAUCUUUCUGCUGAUCACCGCACAUCCAUAAACCAACUGACUACAGCUUGCUGAAUCAUUGUGUUUCUGGGUCUUACUAAGUACUGUGUUGUGUUUCCUUUCUGCCAAAUUUGAACUAGUGAGAUUAAACGAUAACAUAUUGCUCAGUGAACCCUGAAAAGAAAAGCUCACUUGUGAAGAGAUCAUUUAAAGUAUUCACAAUUUAACUAAGUAUUGCAUUAGGGUGCCUAAUUGCAAAGACCUCUGCAGCUGCCAUUUGGGUUGCUUUAGAAAGCAUACAAUGAAAUUUCCAAAUGAAAUAACUUUUCCCUAAAAUUCAAGUGUAGCUUUCUUAACCAAAAGUAUUGCCCUUUCUACGGAAUUGUUUAUUUUAUUUUAUUUUUUGCUCUGGAAGAGCAAGUCUUAGUGGUUAUCAAUGAAUCUUUUUCUUUCAUAGUUUUACUAUCAUAUUCAUGUAUAAACUAACUUAGACAGUGCAUUGAAGUGUCUAGCUUUUUAAAGGGUAUACUCAUUAGUCCAGAAACUAAAAAGUAAAAUUGGCUUUAAGCCUUGUUGUUAGCUCUGAUCCAUUCCCCCCCCCACCCCACCCCAUUUGUGAAAAAUUUGAAACCUUCUCUACAAGUUAUUGGGCUAUCUGGCUAUCUGAAUGCCCUGUAUUUUAUUCAUUUGUCAAGACAGAGCACAAUGUGUGGACAGUAUAUAACGCAAUUAAUUGCAUCUCACUGAUUUUUUUCAUGGAGUUGAAAGUAUUGUAAUACUCAAACUCUCAAAAUGAGUAGAAUGAAAAGACAAGACAGUGUGUUCAGUACCUAGCUUGCCAUGAAAUACUAUUGGCUCCAUUAUACUUGAACUAUCCAUAAGGAUUGUUGGUGUAUCCUGUGUAAUAGAAAAGUCAUAUUGCAGCACUAGAGACAUAAUUAUGUUCAGUUGCUCAACUAAGCAAUUGAAAUAUGUAAAGAUAUGCUCUCAUAGUAUAAGGAUAAUUGUGGUUUUAGACCGUAAAACAUCUUAAUAGAUUGUCUUGACUACUUGUGCCUUGGGGCAUUUAUUUAUGAAGAAAUAGUGAAACAUUCCUUCAAGCUCAAAAACACUGUCCUAAUAUAAACAUUUGUGCCAUUUUUACAUUCUCUCAACAGGAAACUUUAUAUCAGACUUUAAAACUCUUCCCUCUUUGAAUUUGGAUUUUUUGGAACUCCUUAGCCUGAAAUUGUAUUUGACCUGGGUUAGGGGACUUCUAGGAGCUACUAGAGAGCUUCUUCGGAGUUCUCCAGGACCAAUCCACUGGAAAUAAUUUUACUUUAUGUCUAAAUUUGUAACAGUAGCUCUACAAAUCUUAUAAUAUAGUCCUACUCAGACUUUACUUAACCUUAUUUAGAACAAAUGAUAGCUGUUUGCAGCUGAUUCUACAUCCUUUAAAUUAACUUCACAUUUUAGGCUCUUAGAAACUUUGUAGACUUUACUCUGUUACCCAUUUAUUCUUCUCUUGACAAUAUACUAUUGAGUCUGUAAAACAUUGUUUGCAGUAAAGCAUUUUAUACAAUUGCUGAUAAUCCCCAUUAAAAGCAUAAUCAUCAUA